AUGGAGGAAGAGAGAAUAGCUGCUGAGUUACAGAAAAAUGUGAUACAGGACACAGUGGUCUUUGAGGAUGUGGCUGUGGACUUUACCCAAGAGGAGUGGGCUCUGCUGAAUCUCGCUCAGAGAAACCUCUACAGAGAUGUGAUGCUGGAAAACUUCCGGAACCUGGCCUCAUUAGGUUUCGAGAUUCAACUUAGAAUUAAUGAAUCAGUUGCUCCACAAGAUACUUAUGGAAAAAUAUCCAAUGAACAGGAUGUAGUAGGAUUCAAAAGGAGUGAUUCCUCAUUGUCCGUUUUACAUAAAAUCUGGGAAUACCAUGAUAUUGAUUAUCAGAACAAAAACCACAAGAAACGUUUGAGAAUUCAUGGGGUUGAGAACAUCUACAAGCAUAAUGAAGAAAAUCAGUGUGGCCUAACCUUCAGCCAAAUUUCACACCUUAAGAUACUCAAGAGUACUACCGAAGUGAGAGCCUAUGAGUGCCGUGUGUGUAAAAAGGCCUUCAUAGAUCAUUUAUCCCUGAAGAAUCACAUUAGGUCUCACACUGGUAGCAAACCCUAUCAGUGUAACGAAUGUGGGAAAGGUUUCCAUUUUUUUGCUUGUUUUAAGAAGCAUAUGAAAACUCCCACUGAAGAGAAACCCUAUGAAUGUAAGGAAUGUACCAAAGCCUUCAGUUGUUCUUCCUUCUUUCGGGCACAUAUGAAGAUUCAUGCAGGAAAGACAAGUUGCGAAUGCAGGGAAUGUGGGAAAACCUUUAGCUGUUCUUCAUCCCUCACAGAACACAAAAGAAUUCACAGUGGAGAUAAGCCUUAUGAAUGUAAGGAGUGUGGGAAAGCCUUUAGCUGUUCCUCUUCACUCUCCAAACACAAAAGGAUUCACAGUGGAGAUAAGCCAUAUGAGUGUAAGGAGUGUGGGAAGGCCUUCAGUUCCUCCUCUCACCUUAUCAUACAUAUAAGAAUCCAUACUGGAGAAAAGCCUUAUGAAUGUCAAGAGUGUGGGAAAGCCUUCAGUGAGUCCUCGAAGCUCACUGUACACGUUAGAACACAUACAGGCGAGAAACCCUAUAAAUGUAAGGAAUGUGGGAAAGCCUACAACUGUCCAUCCUCCUUGAGCAUCCACAUGAGAAAACACACAGGGGAAAAACCCUAUGAAUGCCUAGAAUGUGGGAAAGCCUUCUAUCUUCCCACUUCCCUGAAUACACAUGUGAAAAAUCAGAGUAGAGAGAAACCGUAUGAAUGUAAAGAAUGUGGAAAAGCCUUCAGUUGCCCUUCGUCCUUUCGAGCACACGUGAAAGAUCACACUGGAAAGGCGCAGUAUGAAUGUAAGGAAUGUGGGAAAGCCUUCAGUCGUUCCUCAUCCCUCACUGAACACUUAAGAACUCACAGUGGAGAAAAGCCUUAUGAAUGUAAGGAAUGUGGGAAAGCCUUCAUCAGCUCAUCCCACCUGACGGUACAUAUAAGAACUCACACUGGAGAGAAACCUUAUGAAUGUAAGAAAUGUGGAAAAGCCUUCAUUUACCCCUCAGCCCUUAGGAUCCACAUGAGAACACACACUGGGGAGAAACCCUAUGAAUGUAAGGAAUGUGGGAAAGCCUUUCGCCAUUCUUCAUACCUGACUGUCCAUACAAGGAUGCACACUGGAGAGAAACCCUUUGAAUGUCUGGAAUGUGGGAAAGCUUUCAGUUGUCCUUCAUCCUUUCGAAGACAUGUAAGAAGCCACACUGGUGAGAAGCCCUAUGAAUGUAAGGAAUGUGGGAAAGCCUUUGUUUGUCCCGCUUACUUUCGAAGACAUGUGAAAACUCACACCAGAGAAAAUAUAUAA